AUGAGCAAGCGUCCAUACGAGGAGUCAUUGUUCCAAGGUGGCUCACCACCAGAGUCUAUCGAUAACAGUCACAAUGGCCUGUUGCCCAUCAAUGAUCUCCUGUCACCAGAAACACCCCAGUCUAUAAGCGGGUCCGUCAAGAAGCCUAGGAACUUUAUUGCCACUGUAGCAUGUGAGACUUGCCGCCUCAAAAAAACCCGGUGCGAUGAGUCGCGCCCAAAAUGUGGACUGUGCAAGUCGCUCGGCUUGGAAUGCGUCUACAAUGAGCGCAAGUCGUCCAAACGAGAUCAGUCGCUUAGUCUGAUCAUGAGCACCCUCCAUCGCCUGGAGACAAAGCUCGAGCACAUCUCUUCGGCAGUUCGUGAUAAUAUGCAACCUCUCCAUCAACAGAUGCUCCAUGCACUUGAGGGCCUGCGAGAUGCUGCUACCCCGAAACAGAGUAGCCGCGCCAGUGACAAGCAUCCGUCCCUGUCAAACUCGCAGUCGCAGCAUCUCACCCCCGAAAUGGGGCAGCCGGACGACUUUGUGUUUGAUGAGCGGCCCAAUACAACCGACUCCAAUGGCCAUGUGUCGAUCUCUUUCAGUCAACAUGGCGUGAUUCUCUGGCCUGGAGCUCGAGAGAUCUUGCCCCGAAAACUUCUCGAAGCCCACGAGCGACUGGGGAGGAACUAUGUGAUUGACCUGGAGAUGAAGCGUCCCCAUCUACCUAUGUAUAUAUAUCCGUAUCCCCCGCAGGCCGGUGAGGACUGGCUGGAAACACUGCCGCUUGCUAUGAUCAAGGGUCUUUCGGACGCAUUCUUCGCUACUUUCAAUCCGUUCACGCCAAUCAUGGACAAGACAUUCUAUUUCGCUUUCACUCUUGGUGCGGCGAUUGAAAGCGGGUUCGGCUACACCAUUGAAACCUGCCUCGUUCUCAAUGUGAUGGCCUUGGGCUGUCUGGCUGUCCUGAGCCAUCAGGAAGGAAACUAUCCUCUGCCAGGCACUCGAAGCAGUCGCUUUGAACCGCCGGAGUGGAUGGGGGUAAUCCACGAGGAGCCGCCAGGUUUACGGUUCUUCAAUGAAGCCCGGAGACGGAUUGGCUUCCUGAUGUGCGACAAUGACAUUCAAAGCUGUCAAUUUUACCUCUUGUCCUAUCAUGAUGUCAAUUUCGAUGAGUGGGAAGGAGACAUGAAAUCGCGGGUCUACUGGAACACUCUCAUGAACGAAACCAUCCUUGUACAGGAGCUGCAUCUUCCACCCAGUGGCCUUUCACGUCUCGAGGAACUCGUCCCUAUCCCUAAAUUUAUUGGUUUCGAAUCUGUCGACUUCGUGCCAGCUCGCUUCUCUUCCUCUUCGGACGAAAUCGACGAAUCCUUCUUCCAGUACCAUUUCCUCGCGCAGGUCGCCCACCGUAUCAUCCUCACCCGCAUCCGCCGUUCACUGUACUUCUACUGUGAGUCUUCGCCUCUGGCCCCGUUCCUCCUGCGCUGCCUAAGACCUCUAACAUUAGCCUCAGCCGAUUCGGGAACCUUCCCCCUCCCGGCCGUCAACGACGAACUUCGCCACCAACUCGAGCAAUGGCGCAUCAAUCUCCCUCCCGCGCUGCAAUUCUCCGACUCUCAACCCAGUACCCCGAUGGACCCAAACCCUUCCCCGGCUCCGGUGUCCCCUCUCCCCAUUGAUCCGAACCGGCCCCUCUCUCCCGCCAUAGCAGUCACAGAGGCAAUGCUACGCGGCCGCUACAUGAUCGCCAAUUUCCACAUCGGCCGGCCGUACCUGUACAAAGCGCUCCGGAUCCCGCAACGCGUAACGGACCACGAUCUUGAGCAAAUGCGCAACGGCCUCCGCCACGCAAUGGACUGGCCCCCGGUUGGCGGCAUCUUCCGCAAAAUGAAAAGCUGCAUCCCGAUCAAGUUCGCUUUCUGCUCCCAAUUCUUCGGCCAAGUCCUUCUCUUCUACUGUAUCUCCCACCACCCCGAUCCUCGCCUCCGCAAGACCCUCCCCGUCGGCUGGGAACGCUGGACCGACGAGAUACUGCGGUUUUUGGAGGACUGCGCGCCCUUUAGUCCUGCCGUCUCGAAGGAUCUGGAACUCCUGCAAUUGUUACGAUGA